AUGUCGUCUUCCCCUUCGAAACCAUUACAGAGAGCUCAUACGCUCUCUUCGCAAGCUUCCACCUUACUUCGUCCUUCUUCUGUACCUACAUCCACAUUACACCAAGCUUUGACCCUAUACAGUGAAGCUGUACAAUUGUAUGAGACUGCUCAAAGAGAUAUGGAGGGCAAAGGGAGUGUAGGGGAAGAAGCAAAUACUUUGAAAAUGCUAGUCACUCAACAUCGCAAAUUACUACGAGAUGUCGAAAGACGAAUAGCAACCACUCAAAAGGAACUGGUGACUGGAGGUUCACCGGCCAGAAGCCCACAAGCUCAAAAUGUAAAUGAAGGAAGACCGAUACAAAGAAGAUCAGUCACUGAAGUACCUCUGGUAGGUAUAAGAGAAGGAAUGAAUAUGCCAGGUGGAUUCGGUAUCUCACCUUCUUCAGGAUUUAGUAAUCGACUCUCGCCACCACGAACGAUUCCACCAUUCGCCUUCCGACCAUCUUCUAUCGCUCACCCUGCUAAUCCGAUGCUGUCAGGACAGCCAUCAGUUGAGCCUCCUUCCUUAUCACCACUGUACUCAUCUUCAUCAACUUCUUCAUCCACGUUCUCAUCAACAGAAGAAUCAUUCAUUCAUUUCGGUUCACCUCCAGAUAGUUUAGAUCCAUUCUCUAGGUUUUGGGGAAUGUUAGAAAACAUGAUUGAAGAAGUUAGUGGUCCAGUAAUGUUCGCUACGGCUCCUGUGAAUCAACCGACUGUCGAUAUACCUACUGAAGCCAAAGUCAAAGGUGAUAGAGCCAGUCAAGAGCACCUUAAGACAAAGGGGAAGGGGAAGGGGAAGGGCAAAGCAGACGACGAUGAGGAAAGUUUUUACGUCGUCAAAAAAGGGAAAGGGAAAGGGAAAGAAACUAAUUCUCAAUCGAGCGAGAGUGAAGAUGAACUGAAAGGAAGACAGUCUAACACAGGACCAAGCAAAACAGCUGAAGAAUUGUCAUUCGAGAACGAAUCUUUGAAAACCUCGCUGGACUCCUUAGCAUCUCAUGCACAAUCAUUGGAGAUGUCCAACCGCAAUUUGCAAAUGCAGUUGGAAGAAAGGGAAAAAGGUUUGAAAGUAAUUAUGGAAGGAUUGAAAAGAGAAGCAGGUAGAGUAAAGGCUGGUCAAGAAGUCUGGAAGUCACAAAUAUUAGCUGGUUCUUUGAUUGCUCCUGGUCCUGGUCCAGGUUCGAUUCCUGCAUCGACGACUAGGAUCGUUCCAACGUCCACUAUAAGUGGAAGUAUUCCAUCAAAGGAUGAUUCUUCCAAGAAGAGGAUCAAAGAAUUGGAAGAUGAAGUUCGACAAUUAAAAAAUGAUAAUGAGAAACAGAAAAGUCAGAUUGACAGGUACAAAGAACGUUUUGAAAAGAUCAAAUCGAAUGCGAAGGCCAAGAAAGAAGCCAAGUUGGCUAUUCAACCUGACACGAGCGUAUAG